UUAUCUCAAACGAUACUACUCAUACUGGACCAGACAUGGGGUACCAGGGCCAAACUAUGUAGACUUACGCCAGGUCAUGCAACCAGUACAUGAAGUAGAUGCGGGGUAUCAACAAAAAUAUGGCCGCAUAUUUGGCAUGUACACUUUCACGCAAAAAGUAAUCAACAUCAACGACGCCGAUUUGCUCAGGGAUAUAUUUGUCAAGGACUUUCACGUAUGGCCACAUCACUUGGACUUUCACCUUGGUACGUCUAAACUGGAUAAGAGUCUGUUUUUUAUGCCCGGGAAUGACGAUUGGAAACGCCAGCGCUCUAUACUGUCGCCGGUGUUCACGUCGGGUAAACUGCGGGCAAUGAUGGCUCACAUAUCGGAGAUUUCGGACAGAUUUAUACAAAGUUUGUCUCAACACGAAGUAUCAGGUGAAGCCAUAGACAUACGCAAACACGUGGGGGCUUUCGCUAUGGACGUGAUCUCCCGGUGCGCGUACGGCAUAGACGUGGAGUCCAUCAAAAACCCUAACCAUCCGCUGGUACUCAACGCCCGCAAGAUAUUGAGUGUCGACGCGAACAUUGGUAUCAUUGUGUCGGCGCUGUUCCCGGCGUUGGGACGGCUAAUAGGCGCCGAACCCUUCGAUAUGAGCGCCUGUCGUUAUUUCGACGACUUGACCAAAAAGAUCAUCGAUGAACGCAAACUACAUAAUAAUCAUAAAACUAAUACCAAACGUCGCACAGAUUUCAUACAAUUGAUGAUAGACUCGGAAAAGUCGGACAAAGACUUCGGAUACGACUCUAUCAGUGAUGGGGAACCGGACGACAAAAGCGCUGAA